UGUAUUUAUUCUUACUCUCCUGAAUGGUUGAAUGGUUGAAUUCCCUGGAUAAAUAUGCAUACAUGGGUCUGAAAAUUCAAGUAUUGUCUAUGAAGAUAAGUGACAGCAUGAUGGCUAGCAAUAACUCCUAAAACCCUCUCUAAAUACUUGCUUGGUGCAAAUUCCUAGGAGCAGAAUCAGUUCGUGGGAAGCGUGUACUAAUAACAGGAUCCAGCACUGGCCUUGGAGAGCAGAUCGCUUAUGAAUUUGCUCGGAUGGGGGCACAUAUAAUGAUCACAGCUAGAAGACUUCAGCAGUUGCAAGAAGUGGCAAGCCAAUGUAUGAAGUUAGGAGCUGCCUCUGCACACUAUGUGGCCUCUGAUAUGGGAAACUUGGAAUCAGCACAGUCUGUGGCCCAAGAAGCAGUGGUCAAGCUUGGAGGCUUGGAUUACUUGGUUCUGAAUCACAUUGGUGGAUCUGGAGGAUUUGGAUUUUUCAAAGGUGACAUGGAUCCAGUUGUAGGAUCUACUACUGUGAACUUCCUUAGCUAUGUCCAGCUUACUUCUUCUGCACUGAGCGCCCUGCAGGAAUCACAAGGAAGCAUUGUUGUCAUAUCCUCAAUGAGUGGUCGCAUUGGGGCUCCUUUCACUACCAGCUAUUGUGCAUCCAAAUUUGCCCUGGAAGGGUUCUACAGCUCUCUCCGCAGAGAAUUUGCUCUUCAGAAUAGCAAAAUGUCUGUGACUGUGGCUGUUCUUGGAUACAUUGAUACAGAAAAUGCAGUAAAGAAGGUUGGAAAUAAAGUGUCCAUGACAGCUUCAUCAAAAGAAGACUGUGCACGUGAAGUGGUCACAGCAGCUGUCCUACAACAACCGGAAAUUUUUUAUCCUUACUGGGGCAUUAAGCCAUUCGUUUUACUGAGAGACUGGUUUCCGGGCUUGGUGGCAAAAAUACUUGAUAAAUGCUACAUCUUAGAAAACAUCCAAUGAAGAGUCACAAACCAAUCAGUAGGGAUGCACCAAAUCCACUAUUUUGGAUUCGGCCGAACCCCCGAAACCUUUGUGAAGGAUUCGGCCGAAUACCGAACCAAAUCCGAACCCUAAUUUGCAUAUGCAAGGAAGGGGAAAAAAAUGUACUUCCUUGUUUUGUGACAAAAAGUCACUUGAUUUCCCUCCCCACCCCUAAUUUGCAUCCCUACCAAUCAGUAAUUGUUCCUGUCUUUUUAAGCAGUAUUGUCCUAUCUGUUUGUAGAAUACUUUUCUAACAUUUUCUGUUUAGUACACUAUAAUUCCUAAAGAACACGUGUAGAUUUUAGGCUUAGUCUCCCCAGCAAGGAGUUAUGUGAAUAGCAUUAGAAUCCUUACUGACAUACUAUGUUGGCAGGGCACAGUGCAAUUGGAAUAUAUGAGACACACAAUUAUUAUUAAAAAAUAAUGUACAACUCUCCAGGUCUAAAUGAGCUUCAACUCCCAGCUUCCCCUGCCAGCUGAAGGGCAUAACAAUGACUCCAUGGGCAGCAGUUAUUAUUCCUGUAAUACAUUAAAUACUUGCUCAGUAGAUCACAUAUCUCAUAUAUCAGGCAAAUAAAAUAAAAGACAACCAUUAAAGUGUUUUGCAACUGAAACUUAACAUUUAUGUCUAUAGACAUAAAGCUGGAGCUGGUGACAGGCACUUCUCACCUUCAGAAGCAAACAUCUCAUAUGCCAUGGGCCUUAAUUUUUGGGGUUACUACCCAACCUCAUUGGAAUUGGGGUAACACACUCCCCCUUAGAGCAGGGGCCCCCAACCUUUUUUUGUACUCACGAGCCACAUUCAAAUGUAAAAGAAGAGUGCAAGUUGGCAUAGGAGGGAGCUGGGCCCCUCUGAAGAUUUUUUUGCAGGGGGGUCCGGCUCACUCUAGUUACACCACUGGAAAUAACAUUCCUUUAGCAGGUCAUGCAAAGUUGUGAAAUUGGUCUUCGAUUCCCUUCUUCACCCUCAGUAAGUGCACAAGCUUACAUGAAGUCAAACUGUUUAAGAAUAUGAAACCUACGACUCUCUUGAACUACAACAUUAAUCCUGAUUGGAAGCAAAACCAGCCUAUUGGGUUUACAUGAUUUUCUAGUAGACUUAAGGUAUGAAGAUCCGAAUUACAGAAAAGAUAUGUUAUACGGAAGACCCCAGGUCCAAAGCCUGUGUAACAGGUCCUACAGCUGUAUUAUUCUUCCUUUAAAACUCAUUGUAUAGUUGGAGGCCUGGUUUUAACCUGCUCAUGUAUGUGCAAGGCUGUUUAUUUGCUAUACAUGUCAAUAACAGCUAGAAAUAAAUGCAGUCAAUCACUGCAUUUAAAGUGAUUAUUCCUCAGCAAUAAAUAGAAUUUAUAUGACA